GUACAAGGUGAAAGUUGGAAAAGAUCUCCAGGAUGACAUUCGGAGAUGCAAACUUGUUAGAGAAAUGAUUGGUGCUGAAAAUAUACUGUUGUUGGAUGCCAACCAAAGAUGGGAGGUGGAAGAAGCCAUAGACUGGGUCACUAAACUAGCUGAGUUCAAACCGCUAUGGAUUGAGGAACCAACUUCUCCUGAUGAUAUUCUUGGACAUGCAACAAUUGCUAAGGCAUUAGCACCAUUAGGGAUUGGAGUUGCAACAGGAGAACAAUGCCAUAACAGAGUGAUGUUCAAACAAUUCCUGCAGGCUCAGGCCCUGAGCUAUCUCCAGGUGGACAGUUGUAGGCUUGGAAGUGUCAAUGAAAACUUGUCUGUAUUGCUGAUGGCCAAGAAGUUUCAAA